AUGCAUGCCAGUGAUGAUGAUCUCCUUGAUGAUCCAGAGCCUUUCCGUCGUUUGGUGGGUCGCCUUCUUUAUCUCAGCUUCACUCGUCCUGACAUCUCUCACGGAGUUCAGCAAUUAAGCCAAUUCCUCCAACGUCCUUGCCGUUCCCAUUGGGCUGCUGCCACUCAUUUAGUUCGAUAUUUGAAAGGUUCUUCUACUAAAGGUCUUUUUUUUCCUAUGUUGAAUUCUCUUCAACUUAAGGCGUUUUGUGAUGCGGAUUGGGCUGCUUGCCCCGACACUCAGCGUUCUCUAUCUGGCUUCUGCAUUUUUCUUGGUCCAGCUUUUAUUUCUUGGAAAACCAAGAAGCAAUGCACUGUCUCUCGUUCUUCGGCCGAGGCGGAGUAUCGCAGCAUGGCUGCUGCAACUUGUGAGUUGAAGUGGAUCUCUUUUUUGCUUCGAGAUUUUGGCAUUGCCUUGGAUGGUCCCAUUCCUUUUCAUUGCGACAAUCAGGCCGCUCUACAUAUUAUGGCUAAUCCCGUGUUUCACGAGCGUACCAAACAUUUGGAUAUCGAUUGCCAUAUCGUUCGCAAUUGUUACAAGGAAGGCUUUCUUGAACCUGUUUUUGUCCGCAGUAAUGUGCAACUAGCAGAUUUAUUCACUAAAUCUUUGUCUUCCUCUCAAUUCUCUAGCUUGAUUGGGAUCCUAGUUGAGCUACAGACAGUCACAGGCAAAGAAGACGCGUGUUUCUUGUGA